AGGAACUCUCACUGAUUCAGUAACGCACUUUAUGUUGGUAUAAUUCUUAUUUGGUGCCCGCUGAUGUCAUUCGUGCUUUAAGCUCUAGUCAGGAAUAAAUGCACGCAAACCAGGCUUCAUCUCACGGCAUGCUGCUUAGUUCUAGCUCUCAUCUAUCUGCAACAUCCAAAAUCCGCUGAGAAUCUACAUCUGGUAUGUCUGCUAAAGGUGUGGCUAUCGUCACUGGUGCUGCUCAGGGUAUCGGCCGUGGAAUAACGUUGCGACUAGCGGCUGACGGAUAUGAUAUUGGUAUCAACGAUAUCCCAGCAAAGAAAGCAGAUCUAGAGGGGGUCGCAGAGCAAAUCAGACAGCAAGGCCGAAAGUCUAUUACAAUAUUUGGAGACGUCAGUAAAGAGGAAGACGUACAGAAACUUGUACGGCAAACUGUCGACGAUCUCGGUGGACUCGACGUGAUGAUUGCAAAUGCCGGAACUGCUCAUCACGGUCCGAUCACGGAGAUGGAUGUCGGCAAAUGGGACGAAGUUUUCGAUGUGAACGUAAAGGGAACGAUGCUCUGUUACAAGUAUGCCGCGAUUCAGAUGAUCAAACAAGGUAGAGGCGGAAGGAUAAUCGGUGCCGCUUCGACGGCGAGUAAACAAGGCAAAGCGAACGUGUCUGUGUACGCUGCGUCAAAGUUUGCCGUGAGAGGCCUAACGCAAUCAGCUGCCAUGGAACUCGGCAAGUUCGGCAUCACUGUGAAUGCUUAUGCUCCCGGUCCGAUAGACACUUCCUUCCUUGGUAAAUUCGAUGAAUACUAUUCCGCACUAGCUGGGCAGCAGCGGGGUUUUUACACCGAAGAAUGGAAGAGCAAGACAGUCGUUGGUAGAAUUGGAAUCCCAGAAGAUGUCGCAGCCUUGGUUUCCUUCCUGGUGUCAAAGGAAGCAUCUUUCAUAACUGGUCAAAGCGUAUCGACGAAUGGUGGUGCGUACUUUGACUGAGACAUGAUAAUAUUACCGAAGAUAAGGCGGG